GCUGCGCGACUCGAUGCGCAGUUAGUGUUCAAGCUCAGCUUAUAAUGUACACAGCUAAUUUAAGUUUCAUACUCACUUGGAAGAUGGUUAUAUUCACUUUGUUCGUUUUGAAUUUCACAAUAACUCUGACGCUUGUGCUUUUUGCCAGCGUUGUGGCUUUGCUGUCGGCGAUGACCUAUUUAUUCUGGCGUCGCAUGAACUACUGGCAGGAACGUGGCAUACCACACGACAAGCCCAGUUAUUUGUAUGGCAGUUUCCGUGGUUUAACCAAGCUGUAUGGCUUCUCGGAUAUCUUACGUUCAAUGUACCAGCGUUACAAGCACACUGGUCCUUUCUGUGGAUAUUAUUUCUUUCAACGCCCUGCUGUGAUGGUGUUGGAUACAGAGCUUGUGAGAAAUAUACUGAUUAAGGACUUCUCAAACUUCAGUGAUCGUGGUUUGUUCCAUAAUGAGAAAGACGAUCCCUUAACGGGUCAUCUGUUCUUCGUCGAUGGUAAAAAAUGGCAUGUGUUGCAUGGUAAACUCUCAUCAACGUUUAGCGAGUGCAAAGUGCGUGGCAUGUUUCCGUGUGUGCGCGAUAUCGCACAGCAAUUGAUCAGUACGCUUGAUCAGCUGAUUGAGCGCAACGCCAAUGUGGAAGUCAAAGAGCUGAUGGGUCGCUACACAACCGAUGUGAUUGGCAAGUGUGCUUUGGGCAUUGAAUGCAAUAGUCUGACGAAUCCAAAUGCUGAGUGUCGUGCAAUUGGGCGACGCAUCUUCACCGAUCGUCGUCAUGGUCUCUUAGUGUCCGGGCUCAUUCAAGGGUUCCCACAAUUGGCGCAAAAGCUGCAUAUGGCUACAAUACAUCCGGACAUAGAGAAGUUUUUCAUGCGUUUGGUGCGCGAGAAUGUGGAGUAUCGUGAGAAGUACAAUGUGCAUGGCAAUGACUUCAUGGAGCUUCUGAUGGAGCUGAAUAAGGGUGCAAAAUUAAGGUAUGAUAAAAAUGAUGAAUUUAAGGGUCUGACUGUGGAGGAGAUGACAGCGCAAGCGUUUUUCUUCUUUGCUGCAGGUUCCGAAAAGUCAUCAUCGACGCUCUCUUUUGCUCUAUAUGAGCUGGCUAUGCAACCCGAGCUGCAGGACCGCCUACGUUGCGAAAUCAAUGAGACGUUAUGUCAACACGACAACGAACUGUGCUUCGAGUCACUGAACGAGAUGGCAUAUAUGAAGCAGGUGAUAGCAGAAACCUUACGUAAGUACCCGAUACUACCGCAUCUGGCGCGUCAAGCUCUGCAUGAUUAUGUCGUGCCCGGCAAUCCAAAGUACGUUAUACCGGCUGGCACAUUAGUUACAAUACCCGUGGUCGGCAUACAUUAUGACCCCGAAAUUUAUCCGGAUCCUGAAAGAUUCGAUCCAGAGCGCUUCACACCGGAGCUGGUAAAGGCUCGUAACAAGGUUGAGUGGUUACCUUUUGGCGAUGGGCCGCGCAAAUGUAUUGGCUUUCGCUUCGGUCAUAUGGAAAUUCGCGUCGCUCUCACUUUUUUGCUGCAGAAGUAUCGUUUCUCUCUGAGCGCACAAACCGAUGUGCCGCUAGAGGUUAGCAAAUCUUUUUCAAUUAUACCCAGAAACGGCAUCUUUUUGAGAGUGGAACGCAUUUAGUGCAUAAUAUUAGUUUGUGUGGUUUGAAGUUGUUAGCAUUUAAGUUUACCAAAAGCGUCUUUGGAAAAGUAGUUUUAUAUUUUUCUUAAAAAACGUUUUUUGACCAAAAUAAGUUUAUUUAUCAUGGACUUAAUGGCAUCUUCCUAAUACCUGUACGAGGUGAUUAUAUUUGUGUAUUAUAUAUACUUUUGCAAAUUUACAGUCUGUGUACGAAAAAUAAGUACAAAAUGUUAACGGUAAAUGUGAUACUAUUGCAUACAAAUUGUUGAAAAUAUUGCAUAGUUUAUUUAAUUUUUUUUCUGACUUUUAUUAAAUCCGCGACUGCCAGUGUAUUUGUGGUUUCUAAGGCUUUGAGGUGUUCUUCAAUCUCUUAGACACGAAUUCGUAUUUGGAUUUGGAUUUUAAUGAAGUUUGUUGUUAAAUAUAAACUUUUUGGUUGAUCAACAUAAUAUUUUAUUCAUAAGAUAUUUUAUUUUUCAUUGUUAUAUUGUAUGAAAACAAAAAUAAAAGAAGUAUUUGAGAUUUUUACCAAAAAUUAUAUAAAU